UCAUUAAGCGAUUGCGUGAAAUGCGUUUUAUAUUAGUGGUAUGAAUGAACCCUCAUAGAUAACUAAAAAUAUUUAUCAAAAUUUUUAAAAUGCACACUGAUUUGUCGCCCCAUUUGCAUUCAUCUCAAUGUGUGGUUCUAAUAAAUAAAUUGAAAGAAUGUCACGAAAAUCACCCUUUAAGAAAAUUUGUAGGCUAUUGUAAUGAAAUUGAUGCUGCUAUGCUGAAAUGUUUAAAAGGUGAAAGGCAAGAACGAAGCAGACGUAAUAGACAAAACGCAAAGGAAAAACAAGAAAGGAUACGAAAUCUUCUUAAAGAACAAGCAGCGAAAGAAGAAGCUAAUUAA